AUCGAACCGGAAAUGGAAGCGCACCUGUUUAAAUUUCAUCAGCGAAGAGCCAAACACUAAAUAUGAAUUCAAUAAAAGCUUAUAUGGUAAGUAUGGUUAAUUACAAACCUGUUGAAGUUUAAUGACAGUAUGUUCCACCGCAAGAUUCCAUCAUCAGUUUGUAAAUCUGAUGAUUUUAAUAGUAAAUAACAAUAUCUGUCUGCUCCGGCAAGACUUGUAACUCUCCUGUGUGGAGAUAUGGAAGAUUGUAAUAUCAGAGUUGUUCCCCCUCGAAACGGCAGACGACAAGGAAAACAUAUUAUGGACGCUUCGAUCCCUAAAAAAGAGGAAACGAAAUUUCUCCACUGCGGACAUUGAUAUAAUCGUGUCUGGCGUGGAGAGUAAUUUUGAAACGUUGAUCUCAAGCCUCACAAAUACGGUCACCAACAAUGUAAAGAAGAAGAUCUGGAAAGAUAUCACCACGAAACUUAAUGCAACUGGUGACAUAACAAGGAAUGAAGAGGAGGUCCGAAAGAAAUGGACAGAUAUGAAGGCAUGUGCCAAAAAAUCAGAGUCCGCCAGGAGGCUGAAUGCUAAGAGAACUGGUGGUGGACCACCCCCUGAUGAUCUUACUGUAAUGGAAAAGAGGAUUCUACAAUUAAUUCCUGCCUGUGCUAUUGAGGGGAUUCCAGGAGGCAUAGAAACACCUGUCUUCAGCAUGAUUCCAUCUAUUGCUGAUGAAGCUGAAGAAACAACAUUUCUCUUUGAUUCUCAACAGGAAGUGUUCUUCACACCAGUAACUGCCACAGAUACAGAAGGCAGUUGUGGAGCUAGCACAGAUAAGGACCAAGCUUGUGUGGUGGACACAAUGGUCACUCCUGCUAUUGAAAAAAGAAAACCUAAAGGGAAGCCUCCGGUAAAGAAAACAUCAAAUGAAGAAGACAUUCUGGGAGAAAUCAAAUCCCUUCAAGCACAGGAAGAAAGAAAGAUGUAUCUUUUGGAAGAAAUUCUGUCUGUGCAGCGGGACAUCCGGGACAUCCAAAGACAAAGGCUGGAUCUGGAACGAGAGAAAUUUGAAUAUAAAAAAUCAUUUGGAAAUUCAUUGUCUCCAAUUAUCAAAUUUAAUUAAAGGCACAUGUUUACUUGUGCUGAUGAAAGUUUUCAUGUGUUUGUUUUCUUAUUUGGAUAAAACAUAUGUAUGUAAAAAAUAUAUUUUCCAUAAACACUAAAAAUACUAUAAUGGAGGAUUCACAAGUGUUUCUAUAAAGUGGUUCAGGAUUUUGAAAAACCUGCUACCUUGCCACUUCAGGUAGGACAUGUGGAUAUUACAUGGCUUGUGGACUAGUGGUGGUCCGAUUAAUUGAAAUAAUCGA